AAGGCCAACAAAAACAAAAAAUAGUACGCAUAUUUCAUCAAAUAACACAACUUGGGAUUCGUUUUUAUACAAUUCAGUUAUAAUAAAUUGUUAUUAUUGUUAAAAUAAUAGAUCAUCAAUUAGUUAAGUUUUAUUUAAUAUAAUAUAUAAUAAGAAACAAAAAGAUGGCUGCCAAUACGAACCCUAAUACCACAUGUCCAUGGGGCCAGAUUGCCAAACCCCCAGUUGAAUCAAUGAAUUUUGCAGCGAUUGUAAAGAAUCAAAAACUAGAAAAAGACCUAAAGGUAGAAACGGAAAGGGAAAACCAAAAACUCAGAGAGAAACAAGAACUAGAGGAGGCCUUAGUGCGCAGUUUAGAAGAGGCUACUAAAUUGGAUGACAGUUGGGACAUUGUUGACAUGGAUGAAUUUGAUGCCAAUUUGCCACCAGAAGUUUUGGCAUUUCUACAAAGCGAAGAAGAGGAGUUGUUAGCACAGGAAGCUACAGCUUUAGCUGGUUGCGAAUCAGACGCUGUUAUAGCUCAAAUGCUACAAGCACAAUUCAAUAAAGAGUACAACGAAGAUUUGAAACGCAUAGAAAAGGCUCACAAUAAACAAUCCAAGGUUACAGUAUGUUUGGAUAAGUACCGCAAGAGCUAUUUUAAAGAUGCCGGAGAAGAGCUAGAGGAUAAUUAUGUAGAUGAAGAUGAAGCCUUGCGUGAUAAACGUGAUUGGGAUCGUUUCGAUACCAAUGAACGUUUACUUGAGGCCAUACCAAAAUGUGGUUACACUGUCGAUAAAGAAGGUGAAAUGAUUACCAAACAUGAUGCUGAUCUUUGCGGUGUGCGUAAUGCUUGCCGAAUGAUGUCCUUUCCAUUGGAGUUUGCUACAGGUGAUGGCGCUGGUUUUGAAAUGAAGCUAUCAAAUGGAGUUUUCAAUCAACUAAAAACGCAUUCACGUAAAAAUCUUAAGAAAAAUUCGCGUAUGCAAGAUCGUAAGGACAAUGUGGCCACGGCUGAGAUGGGUGUCGAUGGUCGUACCCGUUUGUUGUUGUAUAAAUUAAUCAAUAAUCAAAUAUUGGAACAAAUCAAUGGCAUUAUUUCUACCGGCAAAGAAGCCGUAAUUUUGCAUGCCAAUUCCGAUCCUAGUUUUAUUGGAGAUGAUGUCGAUCAUCCACAAAUAAUGCCUAAAGAAUGUGCGGUGAAAAUUUUCAAAACUACUUUAAACGAUUUCAAACAAAGAGAUCGUUAUAUUAAAGACGAUUAUCGUUUUAAGAAUAGAUUCAAUGUACGUUUUAGCAAACAAAAUAAUACGGUUAUUAUAAAUAUGUGGGCGGAGAAAGAAAUGCAUAAUUUAAUGCGUCUACAUAAUGCAGGCAUAACAUGUCCUGAAGUGGUCAUAUUAAAAAAACAUGUACUUGUAAUGGCCUUCAUCGGUGAGAACAAUAGAGCCGCACCAAAAUUGAAAGAUGCUUUUUUGACUUCCGCAGAAUGGAUGGCAGCAUAUGAUGAGGUAGUCGAUGCUAUGCAUAAGUUAUACAAUGAAGCCAAAUUGGUUCAUGCUGAUUUAAGUGAAUACAAUAUUCUAUGGCAUGAUGGAAAAUGCUGGUUUAUUGAUGUGGCCCAGGCUGUUGAACCCCAACAUCCUUCGGCAUUAGAAUUUUUAAUGAGAGAUUGUAAUAACAUAAUUACGUUCUUUAGCAAGAAAGGAGUUCCUGGUUGUCACACUAAGGAGGCAUUAUUUGAGCACAUUACAUCUUUGGAUGCCGAAACCCAUAAUGUCGCUAUGCUAGAACGCAUUCAUACUAAGGGUGCCAAUAUACAAUUAGCCACUGCUCCCAAUCAAGAUGAAUGUCCCGAAGAAUUUAAACCGUUGGAAUAUCCCUUUGAUUUGGCUUGGGAAAAAACCAUUGAAAAGAAAAAUAAAGUUGAAAAUGAAGUUGUUGAUGCUGGAGCGAAUGCCAUGAAUGUCAUUAAUAUGGAGUGUCGUUUGCAAUCAGCUUUAAACGAUUCUCUUGAAACGACUUCAAAGCUACAAAAGCCAAUUGCUGCUGAUUCUAACUCUUAUACUGCCUCAGACUAAGUUGAAAAUUAUUUAAAAUAAAAACUAACAUAUUUUGUAA